UCUCUACAAGCUGGGACUUAGUCUCUGCAAAAGAUCCUAAGGGCUUUUUCUCAGCCCAACAUGGUAUGAGAGCUGGUCAGAGACCAAACUCCCAGCAACUACACUCCAUCAACAACCAGCAACUCAACUUGAUUCAACAACUCCAUUGAUUACAAGACAUGGACAACAAGGGCAAGAAAGACUGCAGACAGAGACCGGGACUGCUCAAGAAACAACGGGAAGAGUACCAGAGAUGGUGACUCCGUCUCCCUCUUCAAGUGUGGACCCGAAUCUCAUGGAGAGAUUCUUCAGCUUCAUGUCACACUUCGACCAGCAGCAGCAGACAAGGACACCUGCGCAAUCAACACAGAGCAAUGGAGGGAAUAUGGGAUUAGCGCCGAUGAGCCUCGACAACUCAUCCUUCGGGCGACACAACCAAGCGCCUACCUUUGCGCCUUAUCAUUCUUCGCCGGGGACCAACGGCACUGGGAAGGAACAAGAGAUCUUCACGUAUCAGUCGCUGCUGGCGUACACGGUACUCCUGAGAAACCUGUCACCACAAGAGCAGCAAAGCAUCAGAACGUAUCGGAGUUAUGGAAACUCCGCGGAGCUCGCAUGGCACCACCUCAAGUGCCUUUACCAAGCAAACGACAGCGUGACACAAAGCAGACUCAUGCAACAGCUGACAACAAUACAGAUGAAGACCGGGGAAAAGGCGAUGCAGUAUAUGAGUCGCUGCCAGACUCUCCGCGACCGCCUGCUUCGGUGCGGAGGAACGAUCACUGAAGAAAGCUUCGUGACACUUGACCUAUCUCGCGGAAAGGGGAAUCCGACGCCUGGUGUCUCUGCCCUAUGCUCACCAGCAGCAGGGGGUAGCAGAACGCAUGAACCGGACCUUGCAGACGACGAUGCGAAAACUACUUCUGGGGAUGAGGCUGCCCAACGCACUGUGGCCAGACGCGAUGACACAUGCUGUUCACCUGCACAACCUGCUGUCCUCGUCAUCACUUCCCAACAACGCAUCGCCGCACCUGUUGUGGACAAGAAAAAGGGGCAGCACAAAAUUACUCCGCGCUGACGCAGCAGAAGAAGACGUACCUGGAGCCUCGGAAGCUGCCGGACCACUCCCAUUCUGUUCCGUACCUGUUCCACUCGAUGAAGAUAAUCCCCUCGAUAGCAACAACCUCGACACCUUUUACCACUUCGCCGACCAAGGUUACGCUACACCUCACCCCGUCGACACGAAUAUUUCGGAACGCAUCGGCCCCAAUUUCUUACCUGACCCUGAAGACGGUGACGAAGCAGCUUAUUCCGGGAAUGAAAAUUCCCCUCGACACACGCCCACGGGACUCCAGAUUCUAGGCCUCUGGGUCUCCAUCUUCGUCGAACAACCCCACGGAUUCAUCAACGAUCCCACGAAAAUAUGCCGACUGACAAAAUCCCUAUAUGGGAUUAAGCAAGCCCCGCGGCUCUGGCAGCAGCAUCUCCACGGCCGUCUCGCAAAGAUCGGCUUCCUACAAUUACCGCAUGACCAAGGGAUGUACCGACUACAGAAGGGAAGAGAUUAUGUUCUGCUCAUCGUCUACGUCGACGACCUGCUCUACAUCGGCUCCACUAUCGACAUCGCCACCUGGUUCGAAGGGGAGCUGAAAGAAGAUUUAACUCUCACGG